AUAAUUAUUAUACAGCUGCUAAAGCACGCGAAUCUCAUAAAUCUGAUCGAGGUGUUUCGACGCAAACGAAAACUGCACCUGGUAUUUGAAUACUGCGAGUUAACCGUUUUGGAUAUACUGGAAAAAUAUCCAAAAGGUGUGCCUGAUAAUCUCACUAAAAAAAUCAUCUGGCAAACCAUUAACGCUAUUAAUUUCUGUCAUCAACACAAUUGCAUUCAUCGAGACGUUAAACCAGAAAACAUUUUGCUGACCAAAGACUGUGUGGUGAAACUGUGCGAUUUCGGGUUCGCACGUACGCUAAACCCGGGCGAGAACUACACGGACUAUGUGGCCACCCGUUGGUAUCGCGCGCCCGAACUACUGGUCGGUGACACGCAGUACGGCCCGGCUGUGGACGUCUGGGCCAUCGGUUGCGUGACCGCCGAACUGCAGCGCGGGGAAGCCCUGUGGCCGGGAAAGUCUGACGUGGAUCAGCUGUAUCUAAUACGAAAGACCGUGGGCGAUCUGAUGCCCCGACAUAUGACUGUAUUUAAAACUAAUGAGUUUUUCGCGGGCGUCACACUCCCAGAGCCCGAGACUCACGAGCCGUUGGAGUCGAAAAUACCCAAACAGAUCGAGGAGUCGGGUAUGGAUUUCCUGCGCAAAUGCCUCGAUAAGGACCCACAGAAGCGACCCAUUUGUGACCUACUCUUACGGCACCCGUAUUUCAUAAAUGUAAAAAUUCCCGAAAUUGAGUCCACAGCCGAAGACACCAAUCACACAAAGUUUCGACAGAGAUCUAAGUACGGACAGUCGAUUCUACCAACACUGACGAGUAAAAGUGGUACACCAGACAUACGGUCCGUACAGUUGCACUCCCGGACUGUCAACAAUAACAACAACAACAUUAACCGUAAUAUCGGACCCAUUCAUCAGAACUCUCUCGAUCGCAACGACAACUACGGCCUCAUCCGCACCACUCGUUUCGAGCAUUUGCCCAAUAUAUGAACGCAUUCUAACAUGUUUUCAAAUAUGUUUUCAAUUUAUGUGGACUAUUUAAUAUAAUCACAACAAAAUAACAC